CGGGGCGCGCACGGGCUGCCCGCCGCCGGCCCGCAGAGGCUAGCCGCUGACCACUGGGAGAGGCGGCCCCGCUGCCGCCCACGGCCCGCGCCUCCCGCAGGCGCCCCUCCGCCCUUUGGACGGUGGACUGCCUUCGGAACGUGGAAAACCCAGCAGCAGCGAUGCCCUUGAACCUCAGCUUCACGAGCAGGAACUAUGACCUGGACUACGACUCAGUGCAGCCCUACUUCCUGUGCGACGAGGAGGAGAACUUCUACCAGCAGCAGCAGCACAGCGAGCUGCAGCCGCCCGCGCCCAGCGAGGACAUCUGGAAGAAAUUCGAGCUGCUGCCCACCCCGCCUCUAUCCCCCAGCCGCCGCUCGGGGCUGUCCUCGCCCCCCUACAUCCACAUCACCCUGGGGGCCGAAGGGGGCGCCGGCAGCCCCAACUUCUCCACCGCCGACCAGCUGGAGAUGGUGACCGAGCUGCUGGGCGGGGAUAUGGUGAACCAGAGCUUCAUCUGCGACCCGGACGACGAGACCUUCAUCAAGAACAUCAUCAUCCAGGACUGCAUGUGGAGCGGCUUCUCGGCGGCCGCCAAGCUGGUGUCGGAGAAGCUGGCCUCGUACCAGGCUGCGCGCAGGGACGGCGGCCAGCCGGGGCCUCCCCGCGCGCAGGGCCCGGGCGCCUGCUCCACCUCCAGCCUCUACCUGCAGGACCUGAACUCCGCCGCCUCCGAGUGCAUCGACCCGUCGGUGGUCUUCCCCUACCCGCUGCACGACGCCAGCUCGCCCAAGCCCUGCCCCUCGCCCGACUCCGGCGCCUUCUCCUCCUGCUCUGACUCUCUGCUGUCGGCCGAGUCCUCCCCGCAGGCCAGCCCGCAGCCCCUGGCGCUCCACGAGGACACCCCGCCCACCACCAGCAGCGACUCAGAGGAAGAACAAGAGGAGGAGGAAGAAAUCGAUGUUGUUUCUGUGGAGAAAAGACAAGCCCCUGUCAAAAGGUCAGAAUCGGGGUCACCUGCUGCUGGCGGCCACAGCAAACCUCCUCACAGCCCUCUGGUCCUUAAGAGAUGCCACGUGUCCACCCAUCAGCACAAUUACGCAGCCCCGCCCUCCACCAGGAAGGACUAUCCUACAGCCAAGAGGGCUAGAUUGGACAGUGGCCGGGUCCUGAAACAGAUCAGCAACAACCGGAAAUGUGCCAGCCCCAGGUCUUCAGACACCGAGGAGAAUGACAAGAGGAGGACACACAACGUCUUGGAACGCCAGAGGAGAAAUGAGCUGAAGCGAAGCUUUUUUGCCCUGCGGGACCAGAUCCCCGAGCUGGAGAACAAUGAGAAAGCCCCCAAGGUGGUGAUCCUGAAAAAAGCCACCUCCUACAUCCAGGCCGUGCAGACAGAGGAGCAGAAGCUCCUAUCAGAGAAGGACUUGUUGCGAAAGCGGCGGGAACACUUGAAACACAGACUGGAACAGCUGCGGAACUGCUGAGCCUAUGGGAGGGAGGAACUGGAGGUGCUCCUGGUUCUCACUUGUUACUAAGGGAGAGCUGGGGAAAGGGCUCCCGGACAGAGCUGCAGCGAUGCAUCCUGUGUGGACUUGUGCAUGACAGUCAAGUGCAACCUCACAACCGUGGCUGGGUCUUGGGACUGAAAGGUUUAGCCAUAAUGUUAACUGCCUCAACUGGGACUUUGGGCAUAAAAGGUUUAGUUUCCUGGGUUUUUUUGUUUUGUUUUGUUUUGUUUGUUUGUCUGUUUUUUUUAUGCUUGCCUUUUUUUUUUUUCCUCUAACAGAUUUGUAUUUAAGAAUUGUUUUUAAAAAAAAAAUCCUACAAGUUUACCCAAUUUACCUCUGUAAAUAUGGCCAUUAAAUGUACAUAACUUUAAUAAAACGUUUAUAGCAAUUAUACAAGAUUUCAAAACCCUGUAUUAUAUAGACCGUAAUUUUUUUUAUUUAAGUACAUUUUCCUUUUUAAAAGUUGAUUUUUUUUUCUAUUGUUUUUAGAAAAAAUAAAAUAACUGGCAAAUAAAUAAUUGAGCCGAAACCUUUCAA